AUGUCCUGGGGGGACUGCGUAGACCCGGCCCCCUCGCUGCCCUCCGUUGUGUCACAAGAACAACUAGCCCGCAGUGAGCGCCCACCCCUCCCUCCCGGGGGCAGGCUGCAGCGUGAUGGGCCAUCACCCCCUUUCCCUUCUCUCUGUCCUGCAGCUCCCUGGCAUCACAUAGAGAACCUGGACCUCUUCUUCUCUCGCGUCUAUAACCUGCAUCAGAAGAACGGCUUCACCUGCAUGCUGAUUGGCGAGAUCUUUGAGCUCAUGCAGUUCAUUUUCGUGGUGGCCUUCACCACCUUCCUUGUCAGCUGCGUCGACUACGACAUCCUGUUUGCCAACAAGAUGGUGAAUCACAGCCAGCACUCCAGCGAGCCCGUCAAGGUGACGCUGCCAGACGCCUUCCUGGUGUCGUCUCUUCUCCCUCGCAGAAUCCAGCAGAACGGCUUCCUCAUCUCCAUCCUGGUCAUAGCCAGCGUGUUCUGGGUCCAUCGACUCAUCAAAUUUAUCUACAACAUCUGCUGCUACUGGGAGAUUCAUUCCUUCUACAUCAACGCCCUCAAGAUCCCCAUGUCCAACCUGCCCUACUACAGCUGGCAGGAGGUGCAGGCUCGCAUCGUGCAGAUCCAGAAGGAGCAUCAGAUCUGCAUCCACAAGAAGGAGCUGACGGAGCUGGACAUCUACCACCGCAUCCUGCGCUUCAAGAACUACAUGGUGGCCAUGGUGAACAAGUCGCUGCUGCCCAUCCGCUUCCGCCUGCCCGGCCUGGGCGACACCGUCUUCUACACCCGCGGCCUCAAGUACAACUUCGAGCUCAUCUUCUUCUGGGGGCCCGGCUCGCUCUUCGAGAACGAGUGGAGCCUCAAGGCCGAGUACAAGCGCGGCGGCAACCGCCUGGAGCUGGCCGACAAGCUGAGCGCCCGCAUCCUCUGGAUCGGCGUGGCCAACUUCCUGCUCUGCCCGCUCAUCCUCAUCUGGCAGAUCCUCUACGCCUUCUUCAGCUACACCGAGAUCCUCAAGCGGGAGCCGGGCAGCCUGGGCGCCCGCUGCUGGUCGCUCUCCGGCCGCUGCUACCUGCGCCACUUCAACGAGCUGGACCACGAGCUGCACUCGCGCCUCAGCAAGGGCUACAAGCCGGCCUCCAAGUACAUGAACUGCUUCAUCUCCCCCCUGCUCACCAUCGUGGCCAAGAACGUGGCCUUCUUCGCCGGCUCCAUCCUGGCCGU